GGAGUCUGGAAAUUUCGACAGUGUGAAAGGAGAGGGGAAUUCGAGACUGGUCGUUUCAGGGGGGGAGAUGUCGGGUUAUGAGAAUGUCGUCGGAGGGAAGCUGAAGCUGAAAGGGAAGGCUCUCGACGUGAAGGCUGGAGGAGUGAAGAAGAAGAAGAAGAAGAAGCAGCAGGAGACGCAGCAUCAGGACCCUGUGUCCGAGGUCAUCGAAUCCGAGCUCUCCGCCGGCGAGGGUGCGGCGCUGUCGAAUGAACCUAUUGAAGACGAGAUCAAUGAUGAGAGCAAGUUGAGCGAAGAAGGCAAGGAGGCUGCUCCGUAUGACCACCAGCUGACGCCUGCUGAAAAGCGAUACAUAGAGCAGAGGGAGCAGAUCGAUGUCAAGAAACUGGCGAAGACAGCUAACAAAUCUCACCGCGACAGGAUACAGGAUUUCAACCAGUACCUUGCAAACAUGAGCGAACAUUAUGACAUCCCGAAAGUUGGCCCAGGAUAACUGAGGAUCGAUUCCAUGAGCAUGAAGGUCGCCAGAUCAAAUUUCCUUAAACAGAGACUAUUGUCCGAGUACAUGGUUCUUGGAAGGCUUAAUUAAGAAACACCAGAGACAUUCUGAUAUCCAUUGAGAACCACUGCUUCCCCCAUUGGUACGUGACUAGACCUUUGUAAACUUCCUACUGGAUAAUACAACGAUCCCCGUGGGCACCAGAACAACAAGUGCAAGAAGUGUAUACUUUAAGCUUCGUCUCAUGCCAAAUCACACCUAAUUAUUUUUUGUAAACACAAGGGACCGUUGGUCAAACCACAUUAAAUAAGCAAAGACCAUUGGGAAUCA